AUGGCGGCAGCGAGUUCGUCUCCGGAUUCGCCUCAUUCGUCAGGUGUCUCACCUCGCGGGAAGAGCAGUCCGCGGCAGCUGCAGCGGCUUUCAGUCACACCGGCUCAUUUCAGUCCGGAGGCGCGGGUUCAAAUCUCGUCGCGGCUUAAAAAACUUGCUGAAGAUGUGGAUGUGACGGUGGGCUCUGUGGGUGGAUCAAUCAGCAAACGCUAUAGCUCAGGCUGCAGUGGCGGAAAACCUUUUUCAAGAGGCGGUGUGAUUCUAGUGAAGGGGACGUCACAAGAGGAGCAGGGCAGUGACACGGAAGCAGGGAAUGAAUACAGCAGUCAUCAUGUCCUUGCAAUCAAUGCACCUUCCGUGGGAUCGACAGGUCAUUGCAAAACCAGGACACGUUGUGACUGUAUCGAGAGGAAAAACUCGGGGGGUCUCAGCCUGAGCAACAUGGCUUUGCUGAGGUUCACCCUCGCCCCUUCCACUGCCGCCAGCCCCUGUACUGUCACUCCUGCCAGCGUCACAGCAGUCACUCUCACUCCUGCUGUUACCCCUGAUGCUUCACCCUUUGGUGCCACUAUCCCUGGAGCCGCUGCCCUCUGCCAGGCCUCCCUUGCUGCUCCCUCUGCACAUGUAACUGCCCGUGCCUUCAUGCAAGUGGACUCAGACUCAGACUCUAUUGGUGGCUUCAUCCCCACGCCUGCCGGGACUCCCUGCAGAGCAGCAGAGGGCGCUGGGAGCAAGGACGUCGCCGGUCUUCCUCCUUCUCCUGCUUCCCCUACUCAUUCUCCUGCCACUCCCUCGUCUCUGCCAUCGCCUGCGUCCCCCUCCUCCCGUUCCUCUCUCCACCGAGCACCACUCCUAAGGAUACCCGCCUUCAGCCUUCUCACCGCACUUGCGUCUGUCAAAUCCACUCCUGCUGUUGCUUCUUCAGCUGGUGCUUCUGCUGCUUGUGCUGCUGCUGCUGCUGCUGCUCCCGUUCCGGCUGCCGGCUGUAACCCUGUCUUCGCCUCUGCCCCUGUGUGUGAUGCUAGCACCCGAGUGCUAAUGGUCCCUGAAGACGACGGCUUCGUCUGGCGGAAGUACGGACAGAAGCUCAUCCGAGCCUGCUCACGGCCCAGGCUCGAGGUUGAGGGACUCUUUGAUCUCUCCCUCUCUGAUGCCUUCCUUGGUGACGCUCCCACCGACUUCCAUUGCAGCAACCACACCAGCAGCAGCAACAAAAUCUGGCUCCCGGCCGAGCAAUCCAGGGGAGGUGUAUCUGAGGGAAGUUUGUCCGAGGGAGGGCUCUCCAUGACGGUUUCUGAUGAAGCGAGUGAAUGGGUAUCUACUGGUGACUAUAACGAAGGGCUCUUGAGCAGCCACAGCUGCUCGCUUGCUAUGAUUGAGUCGCUGCUGAUGAGCGAUGUUGAGGUUAGCAAUAGCGAGUACGAGUGGAAUGGGGAGUGCCAGGAAAUUAGUCAGGGUGCUGAGAAGGUGGUAAUAGGUGAGAACAUGUGUGGCUUUAUUGGAGGAGUGGCUGCAAGCAGUGUGACAGUAACGAAUGGGGCAUUGGCUGUGGGCAUGGAUGCGCUUUUUGAUUCACCGCAACCACGCCCACACCCAACGCACUGUUCACAACUGCACUGUUCAUCGCCGGUCUGCCGCCCAGCAAGUCCAGAUGGCAACAGUGGGUUGGUCGUUGGCAAGUCAGAGCACAAGAGGAAGGGGUCUCCGUGUGGAGGAGGAGCAAGCGGAGGAGAGGAGGGGGCGUUGGAUGCAUGGGCAUGCUGCAAGCAUGAGGCGCCAACAUCAAUCAAGCAGCACCGCACCACUUCCGGGCCAACCAGCCCUACCCAACGGACUGCUAAGAACUCAGGCAGAGCAGCAGCCUUCUCUCCUCAUGUCACUCCAGGCGGCUCACCAGGCGUUUCUUCAGGUGUUUCUUCAGGUGCUGCACCAGGCAGUGCGACAGGUGUGCGCAUGGUUUGCGCACAACAGGUGGUGGAGGAGCCGAGGGUGGUGGUGGCGGUGCGCAGCGAUGCUGAUGUGGUGGAUGAUGGUUACCACUGGCGCAAAUACGGGCACAAGCUUGUCGGCGGUAACACCUUCCCCAGGAGCUACUAUCGGUGCACGAGUGGUAACUGCCGCGUGCGCAAGCAGGUGGAGCGCUCCAAGCAGGACCCAUCCAUGGUGGUGACCACCUAUGAAGGGCGGCACAACCAUUCUGCACCUGGACCCAUCCUGUGCCUUCCCCAGUCACUGUAG